AUUCAUGAAAGAAAUUCAGUGGAACUUUAUAUAUGAUUACAUUUUCUUUUCAUCAUUAAUUAAAAAAAGUUGGGUACUUUGACAACUGAGUGAACAUGAAGACAGUAAUUUCCAUCUUCAUUUUCAUUUAUAUUACUUGCUUUUCGGUUAAUUCCUUGGAAAAAAGAGCAGAAUUAAACGAAAUACUUUGUGAAUUGGAUACGGAAAUGAAAAUCGAAUAUUUAAACUGCAUAGAAAGUACCAUGAGUGAAGAAAACAAAGAUGCUGCAGAUGAGUUUUUGGACUGUAUGGGUUUUACCUCGUCACUGGACUUUUUAGAAGGAGUUUGUUCGAUUUCUAACGAAGAAGAAAAAUAUUCUGGCGUCUUAAAAAAUUUGAAUAAAUGUUACAAAGAAGUUGUACUUAGAAAACAUGUCGUCAGUUUCGAGAACGUGGUGAAAUGCUUGGAGAAGAUAACAAUUGGACCAAUGGAAUAAACAAAAUGAUCGGGACUUUCGCGAAAUUUGGAUUAAUCGUUUUGUGUUAAAAGAUAUCAGAUCUGAAUAUAAUUAAAAUUUUUCUUCAAUUUAAAUAUAUAUGAAAUGAAAUUUUUAACAUAAAUAUCUGUAAAACAUUAAAGAAGGUUUCGUAAGCAAAUAAAUGAUGUAGAUUCUCA